CCCUUGGUGCCAACUCCCUACCCCCGCUCCCCCGCCGCGACUGUCACUGUCCCCUGGCAUCGUGUCCGAGGUGGCAGUGUCAAUGUCCGCAUAGCGGGCCUGCUCUUCAGGCGCAGACCUGAGUUUCAGAGUGAUUAGCUGGUGGGGAAGGCACCCGCCAUCUUCUCGUUGCUCCGGCGCCCCUACCCGAGACGCAGUAUACUUACUAUCUUUGGGACAUUCCCCCACCCACCCCGGGGUGAUGGUUGAGGAGGUGGGGGAAGCGGGUGUGGCCGCCAUGUUGGUGAAGGCGACCGUCUGCUCCGGGAGCUCCAACACGUUGGCUCUCCGGGCCUAAACCCGCCAUAUUAAUAAAGAGAAAAGGGGAGUGGGCUCUCCCUCCCAUCCCUGUGCCAUACACGCCCCCUCCUCCCUCCGCGUUCUCUGCACCGAGCUCGCUGCGCCCCGUCGCCCGCCUCAUUUGUCUAGCGUUUGACAGACGCUUAGCAGACAGCGCCUGAGAACUGGCGUUCAGGUAGCGCCGAAUGAGGGGCCCGGGGAAAUGCCGACCAAUUGCGCCGCGGCGGGCUGUGCUGCUACCUACAACAAGCACAUUAACAUCAGCUUCCACAGGUUUCCUUUGGAUCCUAAAAGAAGAAAAGAAUGGGUUCGCCUGGUUAGGCGCAAAAAUUUUGUGCCAGGAAAACACACUUUCCUUUGUUCAAAGCACUUUGAAGCCUCCUGUUUUGAUCUAACAGGACAGACUCGACGACUUAAAAUGGAUGCCGUUCCAACCAUUUUUGAUUUUUGUACCCAUAUAAAGUCUAUGAAACUCAAGUCAAGGAAUCUUUUGAAGAAAAACGACAGUUUUACUACAACUGGACCAUGUAAUUUAAAGCCUAACAGUAGUCACCAAGUACUGCUUGAACACAGUUAUGCCUUUAGGAAUCCUAUGGAGGCAAAAAAAAGGAUAAUUAAACUAGAAAAAGAAAUAGCAAGCUUAAGAAGAAAAAUGAAAACUUGCCUGCAAAGAGAACGCAGAGCGACUCGAAGAUGGAUCAGAGCCACGUGCUUUGUGAAGAAUUUAGAAGCGAGUAACCUACUGCCGAAGGGCAUCUCAGAACACAUUUUACCAACUGCCUUAAGCAGUCUUCCUUUGGAAGAUUUUAAAAUUCUUGAACAAGAUAAAACAUUACCAGUUCUCUAAAUCUCAAAUGGAUGAGAAGAUCUGCAUUUAAAUUUUCCCUACACAGAAUCUGAUGAGUGUCAUCCAGUCUUACCAUCCUCGAAGAUACUUCUGACACUUAGGCUAAAAUCAAGAACUUAAGUUUCACUUGAAAUCACAGUAUCACUAUAUAACCUACGGAGACUUGAGAGAGUGGAAGAAUUCAACGCCGAGUUUGAAAAUGAGUAGAAGUGCCUUACAUAAGGAUUAUAUACUUAGACAUUGUCUCAGGAAACACUGCUCGCAGGGUGUUUCUGGUUUGGUUUUAUUUUUUAAGCUGCUGUCAAAUAGGAAUGACAAAUGAUUUGUUCCUGUAAGGAAAAACAUUUGCACCAAAGUUGGGAUAUUAGAUUCUAAAGGACAUGUGAAGUAGGAGCUGGUAACAUUAAAUAUGAGCUUAGAACUACUGGAUUUUGUAUUAAUUAAUUUAUUGGGAUUGUGGUUGAAAAUUUAUAGAAUAAAACCUCUGGGGUACAGGGCAAGUUUCGUGUUUUGUUUUGUUUUUACUUUUUGCAUAUCUUUUAACCAGUCAAAGUAAGCUUAUCAUGACCUUCUUUGUAAGAACAUUGGAUUUAAAAGUAAUUUGUAAAAUAAUUUAAAAAUAAUAUUUUGAAUGUGAAAUAUCUUUGAGACUCCACACUAGGAAAGGCCUCAAGUACCUCAGACCGGGAAAACUUGGUGAGUUAUAUACAAUUUCUAAGAAAAUAAUGCAGAAUUUGGGGUCUAGCUUUUACCUUAAACAGACAAAUGUAUAUUAGUCUCCUUUCUUAUAAUAAAAAUACUGGAUUUCCAUCUUCAUAACUGAUAUGUUAAUAAACACAUUCGACCUGUACCCAUUUGUUCCUUAUGUUGAUAGUGUAAGCUGUUGUUUCUUUUUUAACUACUUCCUAAUUGCCUCUUCUAUGUAAAAAAUAGCUUUUGUCCCCCCAUGUAAUAAAUCACAGUAUAAUUUAAUCAAAGGAAAGUAUUUAGC